CCGCAAACCGGAGACAGGCUUAAAGAGAGAGGAGGGGUGAAAAGCGUUUCUUCUGAUUUCUGUUUUAAAUUUGCUUCAUCACGAAGCAAAUCGAAGAGUAGACCGCCUUUGAACAUUUCAUUGACUUCGAGAAACCAAUCCGAAAAUGGUUCAACAGAAGCCGCUGAUCUACGCGUUCGUGGCGCGCGGCACCGUCAUACUGGCGGAGUACACUAGCUUCAGCGGAAACUUCAACUCCAUAGCCUUCCAAUGCUUGCAGAAGCUUCCACUAUCCAACAGCAAGUUCACCUACAAUUGCGAUGGCCACACUUUUAACUACCUUGUUGAUAACGGCUUCACUUAUUGUGUGGUUGCCGAAGAAUCAGCAGGAAGACAAGUUCCCAUAGCCUGCUUAGAGCGCAUCAAGGAUGACUUUGUAACAAAACAUGGAGGUGAUAAGGCUUUAGCUGCUCCUGCUAAUAGCCUUAAUAAGGAAUUUGGGCCCAAACUAAAGGAACAUAUGCAAUACUGCAUUGAUCAUCCGGAGGAGGUAAGCAAACUUGCAAAGGUGAAAGCUCAGGUAUCAGAAGUCAAAGGUGUAAUGAUGGAAAACAUUGAGAAGGUUCUUGAUCGUGGGGAAAAGAUUGAGCUUCUUGUGGAUAAGACAGAGAAUCUUCAUAAUCAGGCACAGGACUUUAGAAGCACAGGCACAAAGAUCCGGAGAAAAAUGUGGCUGCAAAACAUGAAGGUUAAACUGAUAGUUUUGGGAAUCAUAAUCACGAUGAUCCUCAUCAUAGUUCUUUCUAUUUGCCAUGGCUUCAAAUGUGGAAAGUGAUGACAGCACAACAUAUUCGUGCAGGACAACACUCAACUUCUGUCUUCAAAAUCACUAUAUAUAUAUACUCCGUAUAUGGUUUCUGAUGUUUUUGGUACAAUAGGGAAACUGUCUAGUCCAUUUACAAUCAUUAAAACAUUCCGUAAAUGUUACGUUAUUUUUUGUUCAUGUAUGUUAAUGUGUAUGGUCUUGAAUGGGAGUUUUGGUGCACUGAUUAAGGUAUUGUUGUUUGAUGGAGAGGUCAUGGACUCAUGGGCCUCUUGUCAUGAUUUGACGGGAAA